AUGGACAAUCGCCCUCUCGACACUUGGACACAGAAAAUCUCGCCCAAUGCCAUGGUUUCCGCCCUUUCUACCCUCUCGAAAGCGCUCCUCCUGGAACCAGUAGGAGCUAGCAUCGGCCAGCUGAGGUGGUUACAUCUGCGCCGCCCUCGCCGCAUGUAUGAUUUCGAGCUCUUCGACCAGGCCAGUCGAGGACCUCUCGGGUCCAUCUUUCUGCUGGCCCGAUUUCGGAUCGACAUGGUCUCUCUUGGAUGCUUCGUCACUAUCUUCAAGUUGUCUGCAGCUCUUGGUCCGUUCACCCAGCAGGUCAUCAGCUAUGCAAACCGACAGGUCGAUGUUCGGAACUCGUCUGUUACGUUCGGCGUGGCGUACAAUUACAGUGUAGCCACUGUCACAGGAUCAAACUUCGUUCCCAACACGUUCGACUCGUCUAUACGUGCCAACAUCCUCGGCGCGUUGUAUAACUCCAAGAUCCCUCCGGUCUUCAACUGUACAUCCUCUUGCGUCUGGAACGAUACGUAUGUCACGCUGGGCUUUGGCCGCGAAUGCAGAGAUGUGACCGAAGCUGCGACUGCGAAUCGGAGCUGCAUCAAUUCUGACCCCCUCAGCAACCACGAGCGCGUAGACCCUUACGAUGGCAAGAUCUCUCAAGAAUGCAACAUGACGACGCCGGGCGGCGUAGUGCUGAGGCCGGACCAUUUCCCUGUCUUCGACGGGACGUGGCACACGACCAAAAAGUAUGUCUCGAUCGCAAGCUCCUCGAAAUUUAACAACUGGAACUACCGAACCCUCGAGCGCGGCAAGUCACAUUCCAGCCUUGUCACACUAGCACAAUACGAGCGCGAUACAGCCUUCCUUCACGGGGGUGAACUGAAGGAGAACGUCACAGAAUGCGAGGUGUCGGCCGUGGCGUGGCGGUACUCGGGCGUCACAGUGGAGGGCAAUGAGCUCGCGAUUGCGGACCGGGAGAAGAUACCACUGGACGGUUUCGACUCUAUGCUCAAUGUAACGGGCUUCCCGCCAUGGAGUACAACGUCAAUUUCAAUAGAACGGGCCUCCAGCCCAUGGUGA